AAAGUCAAUUUAUCCUCCAGGUUAAGUUUAAAUCGUAUUUGCUCUUAGUUUUUUUCGUGUCAUUCUAUUAACAAUAGAAAUAACUAGAAAUGACGUCACUGUUUUUUUUAUCAUAAAAAAUAGUUUAAUAAGAUCGCAUGCUAUUUCUGUGUUUAUUUGUCACAUUGACACAUAUUUAAAAAAUAUAUACUCUUUCAACUAACAAAAAAAUCACAAUAAUAACUGCCGAAUUCUGUUUGAUAUCGUUAUUAACCAAAUCAUCUGACUUCCGUUAUGUCUUUGGACAACAGGUUUCAAAAAGUAGCCGACGAAAUAAGGAGAUUGAAAACGAAACCGGAUGACGAAGAUUUGCUAGAGAUAUAUGGUUUGUACAAGCAAGCCACCAUGGGAGACAUCAAUAGAGACCGUUCUUUGUUAAGCAUCGAGGAUCUAAAAGGAAGAGCCAAAUGGGAAGCGUGGCAUUUGAUGAAGGGCAUUAAGCAGGACGAAGCCAAAGAGCAGUACAUUUACAAAGCUCAAAAAUUAAUCGAAGAAAUAGGAUUGAAGUAAUUAUUCAAGAAUAAAUAUUAUUUAACCAUGUAAUUUUUUUUGUUUUUUAUUUUUUAUAUUUUGAGUUGAAAUUAAAUCCUAUUAUUUAAAUUAUUGUUUUCUAAAAGAGACACUAUGGAUAGGAAUUUUGUGUUGUACCUAAUAUAUAUUUGAAAAAGCUGACCGUCUUCCAGAUGUUUUAUGGCGGGUUCUUUCAUGAUAUUAGGCUAGAACGAAUGAUGUAAAUGAAAAUGUGUUAUGGAACAUCUUGUACCUUGUCAGAGUUUUAUGUACCUAAUAAUACAUUAAAGUAAUAUUUAACAAGAUGAAAGUCUUAAUUUAUAAUAAUUGUUUUUGGAUUCAGAAUUAAUAACUUCCCAUGGUAUGAUAGUUUGUUGAAAACAGUUCAUAGAGGAGAAUAGU